AACAUCUGGCACAGACACAAUAGCCAGCUUCUCCUGCUCAGAGAAGGAAUGGAUCCAUAUUGAAAACCCAGAUUUGGUGUCUUCCUGUAGAGCUGGCCAUAGAAUAACCUCCUGGAAAACCACUGCCCUUCGCUCUUGGCAACAGAACCUAUCCAGAGCUGGUGAGGAAACAGCAGGCCUGUAAAUGCCACGGAUAAGGAAUUGCAGCCACCCCUGGCAAAAAGAAGUGAACUUGGUUAGACAUGAACUUCUCUGUGGCGGGAGCAAGGAGCCUCUUGUAGGAGCAACCUAUUGAUCAAGCAGUGAUGAAGAUUAUACAAACUCAGAGCAACAUAAAGUCGUUGCAUCUCCGCAGAGAUCCCCCUCUAUGGCACUUGCCCUCAGAGCUCCUUUGGGAGUCCAUGAACUCCACGAAAGCAAGUAGUCCUUGCUUGGCUUUUCUUACCAGCUAAAUUCCCUGGCAUGAACUGAACAGGUUUUGUUGCUAAGAAACUUUCGACAGCAGUAGAGAUUCCCAUCACCAUAUUCUGGCAAGCUUGGAGAUGGAAUCCUUUGGCUACCACCUACAUGCAGCUAUUGAUACUUAAACAUGGAUCCAAGUGACUUGCCACAGCUUUCAGGUGGAGGCUGGAGCUGCUGGAGGAGAAAUUCAUAGAUGAUAAUAAAAUAAACGGCGCCCACAUUUGGCUCAGCAAGCCCUGAACAUUAGGGAAGGCUGUGAAAGUGUAUGCAUGGAUAUGUAUACAUAUGUAUAUAUGUAUCUGUACACGUGUAUGUUAACAGUUGCCCUAUUCUCAUACUUUGCCCCCUGCCUCCACCUCUGUCCCAGGCAGGAUGCUGGGGUGCUUUCAGCCUGAUUUCAUAAGUCCAUUCUUAUCCUUCAGGCACAUGGGUGCCUGAAUGUCUGUGCAGGUGUUUAAUACCUCAUAUCCAGUCUCUCCAUCUCUCCCAUUGUCAGGCGCAGCCUGACUCACGUCCCCUUCCUUCCAUUUGGUCAUGUCAUUUCUAAACCACCUUCCUUCCCUAUUCCCCACCCAUGAAUAUGGAUUUCUUUUCCCCAAUGGCCACGUCUUCCCCUUCUUCGAAAUCAUUUGCAGAAAGCUCACGUCAAUUUGGUUUAAUUAAAGCCCCUGCGUUUUUGUCGUACCUUUAAAUCACUUCCUUCAAGCAAUCUUUAUAUGAAAUUAUCACUUUGUCAAAACACGAUCCCAAAGCACAGCUCAGGGCACAGUGGGAAGCACACAAAGGGAAAGCCGUGAGGCUCAGAAAGUUUGGGUGAGCUGUUUGCUCAAAGCUGCCGAGCCCACCCCUCCAAGACCUUUAUUUCCCCCUGCGGCAGCUGUCAUCUGAUCCCACGCCUUGGCUCUGAAUGGGGCUCUCUGAGGAUGCCAGAUGUUGGGAACAAAGGUCUAAAAAUAAUCUUCACAAAUAAUCUUCCCAUCUAUCACUGUAGGAGAGCGUGUGCUUUGUGCGGACAUGCGAGCCGAGAACCUGAGCUAACUUGGAGUAAAGAAGUUCAACAGCAGCUCCUGGUUUGUGGGCUCGGGUGGUUUUUUUUUCUCUUCCCCUUUGCCUUCCCAGAAGCUGCGCAGGGAAAAGCGGCUCUCAGCAGCGGUCAGCCCUCACUCUCCCUCCCUCCCUGUCUCCCUCCCUAUCCUCACGAAGGCUUUGGUCGCCUGGAUCCCGAAAGCCGGGCUGCUUACUUGAUCUUUCCUUGGGAAAAUGGAUUCGAGGCUGCUGCCAGAGAUGCGUUUCUGUAAAAAGAUCCUCACAGCAGCCUUGUGUGUCUUAGUUUUGCUGCCAGACUCGGGCUGUGCAAGGAAUCUCUGGAAGCGUGCUCUACAUCUGAAAAUGACAGAGAAAUACGAUGAUUAUGAGUACCCUCUUCAUUCUCACAGUUCCCACUACCAGAAGAACGACCGGUGCCCCCCUCCACCCCAGACCUUGCCUGAGAGAGCCUGCGAGGUGCCAAGCUGCCGCUCAGACUCUGAGUGUGAGAGGCAUAAGCGCUGCUGCUACAACGGGUGCAUCUAUGCCUGCCUGGAGUCUGUACAGCCACCGCCAGUUUUAGACUGGUUGGUUCAGCCUAAACCCCGCUGGCUGGGUGGAAAUGGGUGGCUUUUGGAUGGCCCAGAGGAAGUCUUACAAGCUGAGGCCUGCAGUACCACUGAGGAUGGAGAUGAGCCUCUGCAUUGCCCCACAGGCUAUGAAUGCCAUAUCAUCAACCCGGGUAACAUGGCUGAAGGAAUCCCUAACAGAGGCCAGUGUAUCAAGCUCCGAGGAACUCCAGAUGGACGCAACCUGAGGCAUAAGUAUUACAAGGAAUAUUUCGGGAGCAGUUCCAACAAUGUGGUUGGCUAUGUGAAAAACCAGCAGAAGCAUUUAGGCUAAUCAAAGGUGUGCCAGGCUGGACCACUCUGUUAAGCAGCUGUCAAGGAAUGCUUUACCCAACAGUUUUCUAGGUUUUGGAAGAACUCUGGUCCCAAAUCUCCACGAGCACAUCUCCAGCAUUACCCUGAUCCCUGCCCAUUCGUGAUAAAAAGACUUUGCUAUCUAAGGAGCAUAAUGAAUCUAGAUUUUAAGCCUACCAGAAAGGGGAGAAAUGUGAUCCCCUGAAAGAAACCCCACUGUUUGUGAGCUGCCCUUCUACGAAUGAAAUGCAAAUACCUCCAAGUGGAUCCCUAUAAACCACAGUGCCAUUGUCAGGCUUCUGGAACAGAGCCUGCCCUUUACGUACGUGUUAUGUGACCGAUUCAGAUUUCCUGACCACAAACAUAACUCAGGAUUAUAAAAUGAAGUGACGUCAGAAUUGUACCUAAAUAUCAUAUCUCAGUUGCAUUAAAAUAGGCAAGACUAUAAGACUAAAGGGGAUCUCUGGAUCCAAUCCAGUGCCUAUCUAUCUGGAACAACUGCUUUAAAUAAGCCUUUUCAUAAGCUUGAAGAAACCUGCAGGUUUCUUCUUUUCCUAUUUACACCCAGGGUUCACCAGGUUUGACACCCCAUCCACAAGCCUAAACCUGAAGUCUUAAGAAUUUCGGGAGUUCUUGAGUUAGGAGCAAAACCAGUUUUAUAAAUGUUUUUUUAAGUUACUUUCCUUUAGCUUCUCAGUCUAGUGAACUGCAGAUCACGAGGUAAUGAUGGAAUAGAUUUCUGUCCACAAUGUCUAAGCAGACAUACAUAUGUGCCAGUCUUUUUAAGUUUUCAGCCAGCACAGUUAGUACUCACAAAGUGCACAUCUGCUCUUUUGUACCCAUGUAAUCUCAGCAAAAGGGCAGAAGUCUGGAUUAUUUGAUGCAUAUAUUAAAAAAGCAAAUUGAGGAUAAAUUUGUAUAAUUAAAAGGAUUGCCUGGCAGAUGGGCAGCUGCUCUUUACAAGCCUGUACCUUUAUGUUGACUUCCCUAAAUCCUUCAGGUCAAGUUAUUUGUAUUAGGCCUUACAGCUUCUUUUAGCAUUAUAAAAUGGAAAACACAUUUCCUAUUAAUGUUUUCCUUUCCAGUGGCAGUCCUAAAGGGAUGCUUGCAUUUCAUUUUGACAAAUCUGCCAGAAUUGGUAGGCAAAAGAAGCCAUGUUUGCUCCCUUGUUUAGUACAUGUCCCUGUUUGCAUGCAUAAAAUUAGCAUUUUAAUAUGCAGAGUAGUAGUGGUGGAUAUAAAUACCCAAUUUACAAAUACAAGAGCCUGCUGCUACCCACAAACUGUGGGAUUUUUUUCCACUCACCAAAUGGUUUAAGCCAAAGCUAAGACACCUAUAAAACACUUGAUGCCUCUUAUAUGACAUUUGCAGCUGGAGAGAUGAAAGAUGCCAAACUGCUCUUCUGUUUUCUAUCAUAAGCAGGCACACUCCCUGAUGCUUUACAGAGCAAAGGAACAGAUGAAGGGCUCCAGAUUUUCCUAAGUAUCUUGAUUUGUUGAACUCCAUUCACUUCUUUGUGCUUUUGCUCCAAGUUCUAGGCAUUAAAUGCGACACCAUAUUCACAGACAGAUCUAUUUCUAGGAUUUUAUCAUAUACAGCUUCAUACAAUGAUAUCUUAACUCCUGCUGAGACACAGGAGUCCAUCCAUACCUUAUAGUUCCAAUCUCGAUUUGGGCCAGAAACUUGCCGCUUUGCCACUGACAUUACUUGACAACUUAAAGCAAUGCAGCUCGUAACAAAAGUCCUAAUGCAGUCUCACUCCUACAUGCUGCCCAGUGAAACAGAUUGAGUUUUUUCAGCAUUACUUUUUGCAGAGAAAUCAAAUUAUGAUUACAUGAACAAAGCUUUCAGUGGUUACUGCUAAGCCCCAAAGAGCAAAUACCAAAUAGUUCUACUUUAAAAUAAAAAAUUCAGUGCCUAAAAAGCUAUGAGGAUCUAGGUGAAAAACUUAAGCAUUAAUAAAUUUUUAAGAUCAAAACUUCAGAUCUCAACCAAAUUCUGCAAAGCAUCUGAAAAUGUGCUUGAUUUUAGUGGACACACUCACUUCAGUGGCUGCCUUUUUGUAGCUACAAAAGUACAUACCUGACCACCUUGCUGGAUGGGAUGGUAAGGAUAUGAGGGUAUUUUCUACUUGCAAAAGUAAUUUUUAAAGAUUAAAAUUGACAAAUUCAUACUUUGUUGAUUAAUUUCGGUUUACUGGGUGUUAUCAAAGACAUCACCCUUCCUCAUGGUGCUAGAUUGGUUGGGGUUUGUUUCAAGUUAAUUCUUUUCAAGUUAUUAAUUGUCAAACUCAGAAACAAGAGCCAUAGAAAAAGACUUGUCUGAGUGCUGUGUUUUCAACACUGGCAUCCAUCAGAUGUUGAAAUGAAAACACAGACCAAACGAGUUGCCCUCAGCUUGUCUUUUCUCCAAAGACCAAUGGCUUAACAACAGUCCUGUGGAGCGCAGUAGGAAAUCACUGGUGUAGGUUGUUCUUACUGUUUCCAUGUACACUUUAAAUCAUGUUGGGUGCUAUAACAAACUUUACGUAUAUCACUGUGUGCUAGCAAUGCUCAUGGCCUUCUGGAUACUCAAACACUGCCAGAGGAGCUUCUCUGCCUUGCAGCAGACCCUUCGUGGUUUGUGCCCUGGUGCUUAGACAUGUGCACGUUCUGCCACUUCGGUGCUCAAUAAAAAGUGACCAGUAUAUUUUUCAACUCUG